AUGAAAACUGUAGUUGAGAACUUCACCAUGGGGGUAGGGAAAGGGCUUGGUUACAAUGUAGACAUUUCCAACCCCAAACCAAUAUGGAAAUAUGGUAUAGGAAGGGUGGAAACUCAUGGUGUAGGUGGGCUUGAACUUAUCAGCUCUGAUGCUAAAUUGGUUGACAUGCUAGGCCAAAUGCCAUACAAUCAGGUGGAAUAUGAAACUAGGGUGCAAGAUGAAACUGGGGUGGAAGAUAAUGUUGAUGUUGAAGAUAAAGAUGCAGCUGAGGUUGUAGACAGUGAAGAAGAUGAUGGAGAAUUGUUGAUAACAGUUGAAGUGCCUGUUCAUGAAGGGGCAGAGGACACUAUGAAUGUUAGCAAUGAGGGAACUGCUUUUCAAGCUCCUGGAGAGGUGUCAUCAGAUGGUGAGCACACCUCAGAUUUUGAUACUGAAAGUGAGGGUGAUGGGGAUGAUAUGGAAGGAGAUAAUGAAGGGAGAAGUAAGGUGAGAAGGAAAAAAAAACUGCCUCCGUUUAAGCAGUAUAGAAGGGAGGUGGACUUAAAGAAUCUUGAGUUUCAGCUUGGGAUGCAAUUUGAAAACAGACAGGUUCUUAAAGAGGCACUCAGGGAAUAUUCCAUUAUUCAUGGAAGGAAAUUGUUCUUUGAAAAAAAUGACAAGACGAGAGUAAAGGCAGUUUGCAGAGGAGGAUUCAAAUGUCCAUUUGUGCUUUAUGCUUCACAGAUAAACCAGGAUGUGCAAACAUUUGCAAUUAGAAGUUGA